AUGGCACCAGCUUCGACGUAUCCUGCGGAGGAGGAGGCCUGGAUCCAAGCGAAACUGCAAGAGUAUCUUCCAAUGUUGGGCUGUGGAAAGGCCAGAGCUCGAGGACAGCCAGCGCCUCAAGAUGACAAAGAUGCCAGCAACGCUGUCAGUUGUUUUAUGAAGGAGUUUGAGCAGAACUUCGACUACAGUACCAAGACACCUAAAGAGCUGAAGACUCAUCAUGCGAAUUUCAAGGGAAAAUUUCGUACUUUCAAAUUGGCCAAACUGCACAAACGAAUCUACGAUGAGUACUUUUCGACGCCGGGUCCAUCAAUGAGUGUGGCUACGUCUUCAGACGGGCCAUCUGCCACCUCUUCCACCAUUCCCAUCGUAGUAUCCACCAAAAACGACCACUCCAACACCAUCUUCUCCGACUUGCCAGAUCCUACCGGACAUGCCCUUUUCAUCUCAAGCAUCAGGAAUGAGGUCAACAUGGACGUCAAUGACUUUCGGAAGGAGAAUGGUAUUGGUGGCAGGAAACAUGCAGGUCUGCUGCAGAACCGAUUCAAAGAGAGAUGGGAUGCUCUAUCAGUAGAGGAGCAAAAAGAAUGGGAUGAUCAGGCUAGGGCGCUGAUGGCUUCGAAGCCCAGUAGCAUAUACCAGAAUCAAGAGAGGCUAAACAGAGAUCUCUCUUCUGUUCUAUAUCAUUUGAGGGGUCCAGAUGCGCACCAAGUUGGAAAUGCGGCAUUUCUGGUUCUCUAUGGUGUGCGUAAUGCAGAUGAAUGUCUUCAGACCGCCAGUAUCGUUGUCAGUCCAGACGAUGCUGUAUCAUUCGAUAAGUAUGUGUCAGACUUCCAAGCACAGUUUGUCAAUCCUUGGCGCCAGUACUGCAACAUGACUAUACACUAUAAUUGGGAUACCAGUACCGAUGCUACAAAGACGCAUCAAGUGCACGUCGACGUGUCAGGCGGUGUCAUCUUUCCGAAACUGGAUUGGUCGUCUUUAUCGUUGAGGGAGGUGCAAGCUCAUUUAGCCUCCUUCUUUGAUGCGCAAUGGGCAAGCGUUAAUGAAGGUCCAGUGCCAUGGGAUGAUGUCAUUGCGAACCCAAACAAAUACAUCAAGGCGUCACUUCCCUCCACCGUUCACUUGAAGAAAGCCUCUGACCUCGAUUAUAUGGGCAUCUUCGCACUCGUUGAUCAAUUUUGCCAAAAUCCGGACAUUAUAUUGUUCCAUGCUAUGAUGCCUGUAUCGCCGUCCAAGUCUCUCCCACCCAGCCCUGAGAAAGCCGCCAGUGUCAAGUCAUCGCCAUCCAAGGCCAAGUCCCCCAAUCGACGCCGACCUUCUCCACGUAAAGAGGUUUCUCCUGCCAGAGAGCAUGAGGAGAUCGACUGGCUGAAGGGCAUGCGACCACAGCGACGACCAACUCCGCAACCCGAACGGGAUCCUGAGAGGAAUCCAACAAAAUCUCCUGAUGGAGGAGUUCUGCCACCCAUUGUGGAAGAGCUUUGUAAUGAGGAUAGCCCGCUAACACCCAUGGCGGAAGAAUUUGUGCUACCUGUUGUGGAAGAACCUAUCGUAGAGAACCCUUUAGCACCCGCCAUCGUGGAAGAGUUAUUGGAACCUGCACCUCUGGUGAGGACGGCAGUAAAGGCGAAGAGAGCCCGAGGUCACCCCAAGAAGACCACGCCAGCUGGUAACGAGCAAUCCAAAGAGAUGGGAGAAAGCAUAAAACGGAAAAGUCCGGAUUCUAGCCAUCCAAAGGAGCCAACUACAAAGCGUAUCAAGCGCAAUGCCGAGCUGCCUAUCCAUCCAAGACGUAGCGCAAGACGGGAAGAAAUGGCGAAGCCCAAGGAACCAAGCAAAACUGUCAAUUACACGCAAUGCAAAGGGGCUAGAGGAUGGGUAUAUGUUGAUGUGUAG